UCCCUUUUUUUUUUCUUCUUUCUUUCCACUUUUCUGUUUUUUUGCUUUUCCUUUGGAGGACCCUAAAUUUGAAGAAGAGGAGAAGAAAUUUUAAUGCUUACAGACCUGUAAAAAUUUCAGAAUUAGUAUAUUAAUUAUCACUCUUGAUUUCUCUGUUGGGUUUUUAUUAGCUUUCCAGAAGUACUAGAAGAAGAAGAACCUGAAAAAGGAAGGUUAUUUAUUGGUGGUGUUGGUGUUGUUGGAGGAGAUUUUUCAGAGGAAAAUUUGUGCUUUUCAAUGAAUGACCUGAAAUGAAUGGAAAAUUAGCUACAAAAGGAAACAAUGCUUGGGUAAUUUAAGAGAUUUUAGUGUUUUUCAUUUAUAAAAGGUGGGAGAUUUUUGGUGGUUUCUGAGGUUUUUGAAGGGGAUUUUGAGGGUUGGAUCAUGAAGAAUGGUUGUGUAGGGUUGAAUUAGGUUUGGAAUUUGUGGGUUAUGUUGAUGAGGAUUUGGUGUAGAGAAGAAGAAGAAGAAGAAGAAGAAAAUAUUGUGUACAAAUAUUACUAUUCAUCACCAUCAUCAUGCAUUUCACAAAGCUCGACGAUUCUCCGAUGUUUCGGAAACAGCUUGAGUCGCUAGAGGAAACUGCCGAAUCACUGAGGGAGAGAAGUCUGCGGUUCCACAAAGGAUGUCGAAAGUACACAGAAGGGCUUGGGGAGGCUUAUGAUGGAGACAUUGCUUUUGCGAGUGCCCUCGAAACAUUUGGUGGAGGGCAUAAUGAUCCAAUUAGUGUUGCUUUUGGAGGCCCUGUUAUGACCAAAUUUACAAUUGCUUUGAGGGAAAUUGGGACAUACAAGGAAGUUCUAAGAUCGCAGGUCGAGCACAUCUUGAACGACAGGUUGCUGCACUAUGUGAAUAUUGACUUGCAUGAUGUGAAGGAAGCACGGAAGCGUUUUGACAAGGCUAGCCUUCUCUAUGAUCAGGCUCGCGAGAAGUUUUUGUCUCUGAGGAAAGGCACAAGGACGGAUGUAGCUACUGUAGUAGAGGAGGAACUCCACAAUGCGAGAUCUACCUUUGAACAAGCACGCUUCAAUUUGGUCACUGCUCUUUCUAACGUGGAAGCUAAAAAGAGGUUUGAAUUUUUGGAGUCUGUUAGUGGGACCAUGGAUGCUCAUCUUCGUUAUUUCAAACAGGGUUAUGAGCUAUUGCAUCAGAUGGAGCCAUAUAUCAACCAGGUCUUAACUUAUGCACAACAAUCAAGAGAAAGGUCCAACUAUGAGCAGGCAGCUCUUUCUGAAAGGAUGCAGGAAUACAAAAGACAGGUAGAUCGAGAAAGUAGGUGGUCCGCGAAUGGCAUAAAUAGUUCUCCUAAUGGGCAUGGUGUGCAAUCCAUUGGUAGAAGUUCACAUAAGAUGAUAGAAGCAGUUAUGCAAAAUGCCGCAAAGGGGAAGGUUCAAACCAUUCGGCAAGGUUACCUUUCAAAGCGUUCGUCAAAUUUGAGAGGUGACUGGAAGAGAAGGUUUUUUGUUCUUGAUAGUCGAGGAAUGCUGUACUAUUACAGGAAGCAAGUGAGCAGACCAUCUGGAUCCUCUGGCCAACUUUCCAGCCAGAGAAAUAAUCCCUCUGAACUUGGUUCCGGACUGCUGAGUCGUUGGCUUUCUAAUCAUUAUCAUGGUGGUGUUCACGAUGAAAAAUCAGCUGCUCAUCACACUGUGAACCUGCUUACAUCCACAAUUAAAGUUGAUGCUGACCAGUCAGAUCUGAGAUUCUGCUUCAGGAUUAUUUCACCAUCAAAGAACUACACUUUGCAGGCUGAGAGUGCAAUGGAUCAGAUGGACUGGAUUGAAAAGAUAACUGGUGUUAUUGCUUCUCUUCUGAGUUCUCAACCUGAGCGAGGUCUCUUGUCAAGUCCAAUGGGCAGUGGUCACCAUCACUCUACUAGUGAAACUAGUUCUGUCGAUACCUCUGAUUUUGAUCAAACAGCUAUGGAGGAAUACACGUCUGAGAGGAAUACCACCGGCCAUCGUGAGCGCUCAUCAAGAAGUUCACUUCUACAUCGUUCUAGUGGCAAAACUGAAAAAGAGAAACCGAUAGAUGUGCUGAGAAAAGUUAUUGGAAAUGAUAAAUGUGCUGAUUGUGGUGCUCCUGAGCCAGAUUGGGCAUCAUUAAACCUUGGUGUUCUCGUUUGCAUAGAAUGUUCAGGUGUUCAUCGUAAUCUUGGUGUACACAUAUCAAAGGUGAGGUCCCUGACACUUGACGUGAAAGUCUGGGAACCUUCAGUUAUAACCUUAUUUCAGUCUCUGGGCAACACCUUUGCUAACUCAGUCUGGGAGGAAUUAUUGCACAUGGGAAGUACUUUUGCGGGUGCUGACAUCUCGACAAGAACUAGUAAAUCUGAAAAGCUCCAGUUACUUCCAGUUAGUAAACCUAAUCAUUCUGAUCCUAUUUCAAAAAAAGAGAAGUUUAUAAAUGCAAAGUAUGCAGAUAAGCUUUUUGUUCGCAAGCCAAAAGAGGACCAGCAUCUUCUUUCGACCGCUUAUAAUAUGUGGGACAGUGUUCGCACAAAUGACAAGAAAGCUGUGUACCGCCAAAUUGUUAACUCCGAUGCAGAUGUUAACAUGGUUCAUGGCCAAGCAUCAUUCAGCACAUCUUUAACUCUUGCUAAAGUGAUGAAAUUGCAAGAGCAGCCAAGCCUUACACGCAACUCUGAAAGCCUCGAAUUUGAUGCUGCACAAAAAACCUCUAGAGCCAGCUCUAUGAACUCUGAAAGGUCAAGCGACUAUAAGGAUGCAGAGGAACCUCUUGAGGGCUGCUCCUUGCUCCACCUUGCAUGCCAAACCGGUGACAUAGGCAUGAUAGAGCUUCUUUUGCAGUAUGGAGCCAAUAUAAAUGCUUCUGAUUCAAGAGGUCGAACGCCACUCCACCAUUGCAUUCUAAGAGGCAGAGUUGCAUAUGCCAAGCUGCUAAUUUCAAGAGGUGCCGACCCUCAAGCCAUGGACAUGGAUGGUAAAACCCCAUUACAACUUGCAGCGGAAACAUCGUUUAAUGAUGAAGAGGUUCUUGCGCUCUUAGCUGAGACCAACAGAUAGCGUUGCCGUGUAUGAAUCUAAAAGCCAAUGACAUACAAGUUUAGGCAUCCUAAUUAUGUCCUGAAAGGUAUGUUUCUGUACACAGUUCAUCAUAUGUAUAAUAUAAGAUAUGAGGGAUAACUUUCCCACUGAAGGGAAACGUUCACAAAGGGUCGCACUGAGAAUGGUAGCGGCUCAAAAGGAGGAAUUGAACGGCCAGAUGUGCAGGUUCACAGAGUUUUGGCCUCUGAGUAACACGUUGCUCAAUUGACCCUGAAAGUUGAAGAAAUAAUCAUCCGAAGUCAUCUGAAGAGAUCAAGAGUUGGUUUCUCUUUGUUGGGGGGGUUCUGACAUGUAAACUGUCGUAGUCUCUUAUCUAUCUGUUUGUUGUUGUUCUUGCUGUUAUCUUUCUUUGGAGCAACGGUUUUGGCGGUUUUACAAGCGCAUGGAUUUGUGUGGUGGUUUGGUUUGUGCAUUAGUUUGGUUGUAGUAUCAUUGACCUUUUAGUAUGGCGCAACCUUUGUUACACUAUUAAGAUUAGCUCAGCACUCAUGAUAGGAUAGAAUAGCUUUCCGUUACUAUCCCCAAGUGGAAAAUCCUGUACGACUUCUUAUUUGUUGUUAGUUUGGAAUCUUGUGAGAUUUGCCAUACCCGGAACAUUGGUUUUUUGGGGUAUGGACCGUGGAGGUGGUGGUAGGAAGUUGUCUUUUUCUAUGUUGUAUAUAAAGUUUUGUAAUAGAACUUCUUUUGCUGAAGUUACCAACACUUUUCCCCCCUUGAUCCAAGUAUUAGAUGGGGGGAUUUGUAAAUGUUCAGAAUGCUUUUUUGUAAUGUGUUGUUGUUUGCCUCAUCUGCAUCGUAGAAAAGAGCUUGU